AUGUCCCGCUUCCGGCCUGCGCGCGCGUCGCCUCCUUUGAAACAUGCUCCUGCCGUUCCUGCUGUGGUCCUCGCUCAUGAUCUCCUUAACGAAUCACGAUCUUCCACAGUAUCUGUCCCAGAACUUACUGGUCUCACGUCCGAAGAAGUCGAUUUUAUCGAUGCUGUCAUUGAACGGGCUCCUGCGACCGCUACCACCUUCUUGACUGUUUUCAAAGCAUAUAACGAUAUUCUGCAAGAACGCGGGCUGGACCCCCAAAACGAAGUGGUAUAUUAUGGCAAGCUCCUGAAACUUGGAACAUUGCGUGGCAAAAACUGGGGCGAAAAAUGGGAGGCUAUCAAGAGACAGGAGGGCUAUGGACCAAGCUCAGGAGGAGGUAGCGGACGAACUACUCGGGUUGCUCGAACAACUCCUGCAUCUAGCAGGAUUGCAACGCGUCUAAGCACUGGCCUUAAGAAGGAUAAGCCAGAGGAUACUCUGACACUUCAUUCUCAUCUUGACGAUAUUGACUCUGUAUUAGCUGAACCUGUGUCAGCGAGUGCUAUAACGAUUCCGUCUUACCUAGACACUCCACGUCCUGUCCAUCGACCAUCUUCACCAUCAUUUACGCCUACGGCUCCCAAUUCUCUUGGCCUCCAAAUGGAAUUUCCAUCGAUGCAGUCGAACGCAAGGCAUGCUCCACGUAGUUCUUCCAUUCGGCCACCCCUCUGGAACGAUAACGCAUCAGAAGUUACGGGUAUGACUGCGGUAUCCUCUUCUACAAUUCCUCCAUCGUAUGGCGCCGCUGUCCGUGAGUCAGCAUCUUUUAGGUACGGGGGUUUUGGUACGCCGCGACCACAGUCCAAAAUCGCCCCCGGUAGAGCCGUGUCUCCUUCUCCCAUAUCACGACUUACAACUCCAAGGCAAGAAACUAUUCGGACUGAGGAACGCAGGAAGAGCGUCAUAAACGAAGAUGACGCAUGGCUGAAGAUAAGAGAAGCACAAGACAUCAAAGAAGCUGAUCGUUUUCGUGAGGAACGACUAGUAGAGCGCUGCUGGGAAGUUUGGAAACAGGGAUAUCAGUGGAUCAUUACGACCAAUGAGCAGAUUUCUCAAGCCCGUGACACGUUAAUCCUGCGUCUGGCUUUCAGUCGCUGGCGUCAUCGUUGCACUACCAACCGUGAAUUACACCAGAAAGUAUCUGUGCUCGAUAAUACCCGCCGCUUAAAAUUCGCGCUUAAUUUGUGGAAGGAUAAAUACAAGGAGAAGAAGCAAGCUGAUUGGCGUGACUCGAUGCGAGCACGCAUGAAGACUGUGCGGGAGCGUAGAGAAGCGAAAUUGAUGAAGGACGCGUGGGCGAAGUGGAGGCAGUCAUUCCGAUCGCACCUUUCUGAACAACAUUAUUCGGAGAGGCUUGCAAUACGCUUCUUUGGUCACUGGAAGAAGCGACUCAUGCAACUAGACGAGCUUGAUGCAGCCGCAGAACAUUUCAUAUACAGCUGUGAGGAAAGGUAUAUUGAGAAAUGUUGGGAUGUGUGGCGCCGGGGUGUCGACUUACGGAAGAUGGAGAAGGCCAUGACACAGCAGGUGUCUCUUAGGAUCGUCGGACAGGCGGUGGAUGUUUGGAGAAAUCGCCUACAACAACAUCGUGUAGCGGACGAAUUUUACGACAUUGCUGUGCUCAAAAGUGCACUCAAGUCAUGGAAGGCAGCGCGGGAUCGAAUAAGAGCCCUUGAACGUCGAGCCUCGAAACACGUUGCUCGUCAAGAUGACGUAUUGACACGAGCCGUUCUUCGAGUGUGGAAGGCUCAUGAGCGCGGGCGCCUACUUGAACGAGUCAGAACUACUCGGCUAUUGAAGCAAGCCUGGGCAAUAUGGAAACGACGAAUACGGAACCAAAAAGGCCUUGAAGAUCUCGCGCUUGCAUUUUCCAUGCGGUCCUCUUCAACGCUUACCUCUUCUCUGCAGAGUUGGCAUGAAGUCUUUGUAUCCCAUCGAAAUGCGCAAUCGUUUGCCAUUCAUUAUCACUCUGCUCAGCUGCAGUACAAAAUGCUCCUCACGUGGCGUCUUCAGUUACGGACGAAGUUGAGAUUGGCUAAACAGGCAAAGAUAGCUCAAAAACUCUUCGUACAGAAAAGGUUUUCGAACAAAUGGCGCAUGGCCCUCAAGCAGAAGCAGCUAGGAUCGAAAUUGCAGGGCUUUGAAACUAGACUCAUCCAGCAGUAUUUCUUGGAGUGGCUCCAAUUGGCUGAGCAGCAACGACGACGCAAGGUAGCCGCUGAAAUCAUUCAGCAACGCGUCAACAUGCGCAUCAUGACAAAUGCAUUAACUUAUUGGACCAAUCGUGUCGUUGACAUCAAAGACCGAGAGCUUCAAGUAUCUCAGAAGAAAGAUGGAAAAAUUCUGAGCUCUGCUUUCAAGAAAUGGAAGGCUUUGUGCAUACGUCAUGUGGAGGAAUUGAGCUUGAUGGAGAGCUACCAGGAUGUCAAACGAGAAGAGAACAUGCGUCGGAUGUUCUAUCGUUGGCUUACGGCUGCACGUCAUGCUAGGCACAGGCGGUUGUAUUUGCAACAAAAAGAAGAUGAGCUCAAGCUGACAUUUGCUGCCGCUGCAUGGGACAAGUGGAGGGAACGAUUCCAAGAUAUCAGAUUACAACCAUUGGCGGAUGGUUUCCUAGCGCAAAGGCAGAAGAAUCUCAUGUUCCGUGCAUUUGGAAUCUGGCACUCCAAGACUAGAUCAUUGCCCGCUGUCCGCUUUCAUGCUUAUCACGCCAAACUCAAAGCAUGGCAGAUAUGGAGAAAUACUAUGCCUAGGGCACUACGGGCCAAACGGGCGCGCGAAUUCAAUCGCCAGUCUGUGAUAUCUAGGGUCUUCAACAAAUGGCAGAAGGCGUACAAGACCAAGAUCGAGUUGAAAGCGGUCGCUCGUGCAAGAUAUCUUCGCCUCCCCACCGCUGCUCCACGUCAGGUCCUUGACCAUAGUCGUCCUACGCAACAAACAGUCCGACCUUUGUUUCUUUCACGGCCGGUUCGUUCCCCUAGUCCCACGGAGCCUGCCACGUCUGCGCGAAGUGCUCCGGCUUUGUCUCGGACUCAUCUGGCAAGGGGUGGUAUUGCCAGCCUGCUUAACCGAAGAUCAGUGUCACCUGAACGUCCGAAGCUGUCCACUCGAGGUGGGAGUACCACCCGCCCAGCAAGCCCUACAAAUUCGCAAUCUUCUCUUGGUCUCCACACUCGAAACAAAAAUCCCUCUCGGACCGGCGCUUUUGGUUCCACAGCCUCAGCUGGCGAUAUUGGGAGGAGCACAUUGUGGCAAGAACUUCGGGGCAUUCAACUACGUUCGCGCCCCCUGUCAGAUAUAUCUCGGUCUAAAGACCCAAUUGAUGAACGGCCGGACUAA